AUAGUGAAUAGAGACACAUCUAUCGAAUAUUCUCAGAAUUUAAUCCCCGGCAUAUAUUAAUAUUACUGUAACCAUGGUUGUGGGUGCUGUGACAAAGGAAAAUAAUGAACAUUUAAAACAAUACAAUUAUCAACAUGAAAAGAAAUCUAACUGUAUAAUGAGUAUACAUUAGAGACAUGACAGACCUCAAGCAAUGUUGGAUGACACUUAGUCGUGACCGCCUUGGGGUAUCUGAGGAGAAAACAUUUAAUUGGUGGAAACAUAUUCAGUCUCACUACAGCGAGUGCCACAGAUAUUAUCACACACUGAAUCAUUUGAUAGAAAUGUUUGACCAUUUCAACGGAUAUAAAACCACCCUGUCAGAACCUGACUUAGUGUCAUUAGCAAUAUUCUUUCAUGAUAUUAUUUAUGAUCCUAAGAAGAGUGACAACGAAGAGAGAAGUGCUGAUUUCUUUGUUCAAUAUACAACAGAAUGCGAGGUUAAUCUGAAAGAAGAGGAAAUAAGCAAGGUCAAGGACUGGAUUCUUUUGACGAAAACCCACCAGGUUAAAGAUGAAGGAUCAGAAGACUAUCAUUAUUUUCUAGAUAUUGAUAUGGCCGUACUGGGAAGACAAGACAAAGGUUACAAAGAAUACGCAGAUCAGAUAAGGGAGGAAUAUAAACACGUACCUGAGAAGGAAUAUAAAACAAGAAGAUCAAAGGUUUUGUCCAAUUUCUGCAAAAGAGAUAGAUUAUAUUCAACAAAGGAAUUCUUUGAUAGUUAUGAUAAUCAAGCUAAAGAAAACAUGGGAAAGGAAAUUGCAAUCUUAACAGAAUAAAAUAUUUUUUAUCUACCUGAACAUAUCAUUAUACAGUGAAAUUGUAUUAAGUAUCAUGAAUACAAAUAAUAAAGGUUGCCUAAUUAACAAUUCCAUGCAAACACGAUGAAGUACAAGUUAAUAGUUAUCAAAGGUACCAGGAUUAUAAUUUAGUACGCAAUCAAAUCUGAAUAACAAACUAAAACCAAGGGAAACACAUCAACUAUCAGAGGAAAACACUUGGCGUAUUUACAAAAUUUAGUCUAUCGAGUUUAUUUACAACCACUGGGUCGAUGCCACUGCUGGUGGAGAUUUAUUUCCCUAAGGGCAUCACCAGCCCAAGAGUCAGCACUUUUUGUGCUGACAUGAACUAUCAAUGAUAUGGUUAUAUUUAUAAAAGAGGGACGAAAGAUACCAAAAAGACAGUCAAACUCAUAAAUCUAAAACAAACUGACAACGCCAUGGUAAAAAAUUAAAAAAAACGCUCAGAUCAAAAUAUUUAUAUAGCCAAACAAGUGCAAAGUUUCAAAGCACCGAGGAUCCAAAAUUCCAAAAAAUUGUGCCAAAUACGGCUAAAAUUUUGCCGAUUCCUGGGAUAAGAAAAUCUUUAGUUUUUCGAAAAUUCAAAGUUUUGUAAACAGGAAAUUUAUAAAAAUGACCACAUUAUUGAUAUUCAUGUCAACACCGAAAUGCUGACUACCGGGCUGCUUAUACCCUCGGGGACGACACUCCACCAACAGUGGCAUCGACCCAGUUGUGUAAAUAGCUAUCAAGGUAUACCAUGAUUAUGCUUAAACACGCCAGAUGCGCGUUUCGUCUACAUAAGAUUAAUCAGUGACGCUCACAUUAAAAUAGUUAUAAAGCCAAACAAGACUGAUAUACAAAGUUAAAGAGCACCGAUGACCCAAAAUUCUAAAAAAUGGUGCAGAGUACGACUAAGGUUAUAUAUUCCUGAUAUAUAUAGAACUGGAUCUUAAAAAAAGACUGGAUUGGUACAGGACAUUUUAAAAAUCAAAGUGAGUGAAAUCAAUUAUUGAAAGAUUGGGAGAGUAGUUUGAAAAAUGCCAAACUGUAUUUAAGUAUAAUGUGGACAAAACCAUCAUAAGUAUAGCACUAGUGCUAACAAUUGUAUUUAAGCAUGGUGUGAACAAAACGAACAUGAGUGAAUCACUAGUGCUUAUACUAGUAAUUAAGUAUGGUGUGGACAAAGCGAACAUUACAUCUACCUAUAUCUAUUAUCAUAGCACUAGUGCGAACAUUAGUAUAGCACUAUUGCAGACAUUCGCAUUUACUACAGGUCUUUAGAAGGAAAAGCAUUUUUCAGUAGAUAAAAUGAGCUAAAUAUAAAACAGUGAGAUUAGGUGAACAAUUUCGUUUAAAUUUCAAUUAUAUCCUAACCAUAUUAUGUUCUCUGUUGUAAGUUUCACAUUUUUACAUUUUUAUCUCCAGAAACAAAAGAAAUUACAAUAGACAGAUUCUUCUUAUCCUUGUAAAACAUGGCAUCAACAAAUAAUCAUUAAAGUAAGAUCUUUAUUGUCUUUAAAAAUUAUCUCAAAGUUGUAUUGGGUUAUCCUAUAUAAAUAAAGAAUAUUAUUGCAUAGCAAUUAACACAAUAUUUCCCAUAGAAAGUAACCAAAAGUUAGCGUGCAAUAAAUCUCCGAAACUCAUGAUGUCAACAACGACAAAAUCUUAGUUUAAACCAAUUUUUACUUUCAAAUAUUAUUUUGCGAUACACUUAUAGGGUUAUUGCAUGAAAUACUGGAAAUAUUGUCCC